AUGGAUUAUUUGGGUAUAACUCGUGGUUCAAUUAGAGCUGAAGCUUUAAAAAAAUUAGCUAAAUUAACUGUUGAACAUCCUCCUUCAAAUUUAAAGGAGAUAAAUACGGGGAUUCAAAAAGAUGAUUUUUCAAAAUUAUUAACUUCAACUUCAAAAGAGUUUAAUCCAAGAAGACAAUCUUUAGUUAAUGGGUCAAAAAAUUCGAGCGGUUUAAAUUCAAUUGCUAUAACUCCAAAAGAAUAUGAAGUUUUAAUUGCAUUAUGCGAUUCAACUUUUCAAACUAUUAAUAUUGAAAAUCAAAUUCAAAUUUUAAUUGAAAAAUUUAAAGUUUAUUUAUUUGAAUUACCUGAUCAAAAAUUUUCGUAUCGAAUUGUUUCAAAUUCUGAAAAAAUUUCUCCAUGGGCUUUAUUAGGUGAAAAAUUAACAAGUGGGUUAAUAAAUUUAGCUUUUCAAAAAAAUUCAAAAUAUUUAGAUGAAGUAAUUGAAAUUUUUCAAAUCUUUAUUGAAAAAUUUUUUAAUAAUGUUGAGCCUGAAUUAUCAAAUUUUUUAACAUUGUUAGGUUUUCUCGAUGGUUUGAUUCAAAAUCCUAAAUUUUUAGCUUUAAGUUCAAAAACUUUUAAAAUUUUUAAUUUAAUUGAUUCAAAUAUUGAUAAUUUUGAAUUUUUAAAUGAUAUAGAAAAUUAUUCAGAUUUCUUAUAUGAUGAACCAAAUGAAUAUCAAAAUUUAUUAGAAAGAGAUUAUGUUAUUAAUUUUUCUCCAAUUAUGUAUUUAGAAAAAUUAUCAAAAUUACUGUGUGCUAUAAUUAAUAGUAUUGUUAAAAAUGAAAAGGGAAGUUUAUUACAAUUUGUAUUAAAUAAAGUUUCAAAAGAUUAUGAUAAUGAUGAUGGUGAUGAAAUUCAUAAAUUAAAUGGUAAUGUUAUUAAAAAUAAUCAAUUGGAAUUCUCAAGAGGUAAUAUGGAAAUUGUAAAAGUUUUAACUGAAUUAUCUUUAAGAAAAUUGGAAUUUUUAGAUCGUGGUGAAACUUAUAUUGUUUAUUCAACUUUUUCAAGAUUAAAAUUGGGUUAUUUAUCAAAAAGUUAUAAUUUACAAGUUUUAAGUUGUGGUAUGUUUACUGAUAAUUUAGAUAUUAAAACUUCAAAAAGAUUAUUUAAAUCUUGUAUCGAGAUUAAAGAUGUUAUGUUAGAUCCAGAUUUGGGUUUGACUGUUUUUGAAUUUGGUUCAUUAUUAGUUUAUAAAGAUGAAACAAUUGGUCCAUUGUUAACAAGAGUGUUUACUUCAGUUAUUGCAAAUCCAAAAUCAGAUCCAAAUUAUUGUUUGAAUAUUUCAAAAACUGUUGGCUUAGGAUCUAAGAAAUUACCACAAGAUGCUGUCGUCACUACAAUUUAUUCAUUAACUAAUUUAUUAUUUGUAAGUAAUGAAGGUUUACAAUUGAAUUCAAAAAGUGCUAAACGAGUUAUCAAAGGAGCUUCAACAAAUGGGUUCGAUGAUCAAAGUUCAUUGAGCAGAAAUUUAUAUGCAUCACCAACAUCAUCAAGAAGAACUUCAGUUACUAGUUUCUCACAAGUAUUUUCCAAAGGUGCUCAUUCUGGUGAAUUUGAUGAAAAUGAUUAUAGAAAAGUUUGUGAAAAUGCAGUUGUUGCAAUUAUUGAAAUUUCAAAAGCGUGUAAUGAUGAUAGUGUACCAGCAUUAGCAUGUACUAUUUUAUCACAAAAAACUACUAAAUUAGAUUCACCAAUUAGUCAAUUAAUCUUGAAAGGUUUAAGUUCAUGUGCACCAUUUUUACCAGAAAGAGAAUUCAUUAUAUUAGUUCGAUUAUUGAAUAAAUUAUCAUUGGAGAGUUUAGAAAAGAAAAAUAUGAUUUUAUUAGGUAAUUUAUCCGAGGCAAAGAUUAAUUUAGCUUCUAAAUUAGAUCAAAAGAAUCCAUUAUUCAAUGUUUAUUUACAUGAAUUAUUGCAAGUAAUAAUUUCAAAAGGUAAUGUUCAACAAUUAGAACAUCAUAGAUCUCAUAAUGAAAUCACUGAAGUUGGAGAUCAAAUUGCAAUUUAUUUAAAACCAUUAGCUGCAUUAUUACCAAAUGUAAAUAAAAAUGAAGAACCAUUAAAGAUUGAUUCACCUGAAACGGUCAAUUUAUUUAAAGAUAUUUGGUUUAAUAUGGUUGUUCAUGGUUAUAAUAUCAAUUCCAAAAAUACUAAAGCUUUCAAAGAAGAAUUGGAAAGAAUUGCAUACAAUACACCUCCGUUAGCAUCUGAAUUAAGUUGGGAUAGAACUGAAACUUCAAUUGAAUUAAAUACAGUCUUAAGAAGAGGUUCAUCAAAUCAUAAUAUCAAAGAUCAUAGACAUCAUUUAGGUGAUAUUUUUGAAGUUCAUAGAACUUUAUCAUAUCCAAAAUUAAUGUUUUUAUCAGCAGCUGUAUUUGUUGAAAGUUUAAGAGUUAGAAAUGGAAAUUGUUCAAAAACAUUAUUAUAUUUUACUGAUCCAUCAAUUAAAAUUUCUGGUGUUGAUAAAUAUCUUAGUCAUAUUUCGUUUAAAAUUGUUAAAGAUUAUAUUCAAUUAAUUAAUACUGGUGCUAAUAAACAAUUUAGUGCUGUUCAUAUUGCUGAGCAAUUAACUACAAUGUUAACAUUGUGUUGUCAUCCAAAUGAAGAAAUGCAAGAUGCAGCUAUUCAAUGUUGUGAUUUAUUAAUUUCAAAAGUUCCUUCAAGUUUAUCUCAUAAAAAAUCAUUAUUUGUAUUAUUUGAUUUAUUAAAUUUGUUAUUUAAAGGUGUUGCAGAUGCCGAUAUUCAUGAAUAUGAACCAACAACAACAUUUAGAGCAAGAUGUACAGGUAUCAAAAUUUCAUUAAGUGAUGAUUAUCAUUGGAGAACAACUACAUUUAAUAGAUUUCAUGAAAAAUCAAAAUAUUGGAUGAGAAUUGUUUUAUAUAAAUGUAAUAUUGAUGUUAAACUGUUGAUACAAUCUUAUAUUACAGCAAACGAAGAAAUGCAAUUUGAUACCCCUAUUCAAUUUGGGUUAUCAUUUGCUUUAGAAAUGGCUGGUGGUAUUGGUUCAGAUAGAGAAUUAUCAUCAAUUACUUAUUCAAAUCCAUCAAAUUAUUUAAAUACUUUACCAACUAUAGUAUCACAAUUAUCAUGGAGAUCAAAUUUUGUUUCUGAAUUAAUGCUUAAAUUACCUUUAAGAACUAAUGAAGAAAGUGACCUUGCAUUCAAAGCAAUUAGAGAAAAAGUUUAUCAUAUUAAAUCAAGAUUAAGAUUUGAUAAAUUUAAUGACUAUCCAACAAAUGAUGAAAUUAUGAAUUUAUUAACUGAAAUUGCUGGUUUAACAUUAUUAAGUGAUGUAAAUAAUGCUGAAUUAGUUAGAUAUGUUGUUGAAAUUCCAUUUAUUAUGUUUGAUCCAUCAACUAUGAUUAAUGCAAGUGGUGUUUGGUUUGCAAUUAUGAAAGACAAACCACAAUUGUCAAUAUUAUUAUUAAGUGAAAUUGCUAAGAAGUGGGAAGAAAGUAUUGAAUUAGGAAAAGGUUUAUUUAGUCAAGAUUUAGAUAUUGCACAUCCAGAAUUUGAUAAAAUGGAAUAUGCACCAAGUAAUAGACAAAUGGUAAAUAGAUUAGCUGAAAAAGCGCAAAGAUCAUUUGGACCACAUUUAGAAAUUAUUAGAUUAUUUGCAUCAAAUUUUGAAGCUACAUUAAAUCAAAGUGAUCAUUUAUUAAAAUUAUUUACAAGAUUUGUUGAAAUUGGUUUGAAAAAUUUGAAAAUUGCAAGUUAUCAUCCAUUAUCAAGAUUGGUAAGAUUAGAAUUAAUUAAAUUUGCAUUUGAAGUUUUAAAUUAUCAUGUUAAAUUAGGUUCAAGAUCAAGUCAAUAUUUAUUAGAUUUAAUAUUAGAUGGUGCUUUAACUUGGUUUAGACAAAGAUCAACAUAUCCAUUUGGUGGUAAUACAUUAAAAUUUAAAUCUGAAUUAGUAUUAAUGAAAGAUGUUGCAAGAAUGGCAAGUUCAGUAAGUACAACAUCAAUAAUUGAACUGAAGAGAUCAAUUUUAUUAUAUUUCCUAGAUGAUGAAAUUAAUAAAUUUACAAUUUGGUUAAAUUCAUUAAAUCCAACAGAUGUUUCAGGGACUUUUACAAAACAUACAAUUACUGGAAAUCAUAUCAGUAAAGCUUAUGAAAUUGAUCCAAUUUUAGCAAUUAAUCUUGCUUUAAGAUAUAAAUCAAAAUCUCAUGAUGAUUUGUUACAACAAUUAUUAAUUAAAAAUCCAUUACCUGCUUGUUCUUAUCCUGAUGCUGUUCAAUUUUUAAUUGGUUUAAAUGCUGGUGUUCAUAUGCCUUCAUAUCAUUUAUUAUUUUGGGCUCCACUAUCACCAAUUGAUGCAAUUACAUUAUUUUUACCACCAUUUGGUUCUAACUCAUUUAUUUUACAAUAUGCUAUGAGAUCAUUAGAAUCUCAUGAUGUUAAUAUUACAUUCUUUUAUGUUCCUCAAAUUGUUCAAAAUUUAAGAUUUGACGCAAAAGGUUAUGUUGAAAGAUUUAUUAUUGAAACUGCUAAAGUAUCACAAUUAUUUGCCCAUCAAAUUAUUUGGAAUAUGUUAGCUAAUAGUUAUAAAGAUGAAGAUUCAACAGAACCAGAUGAUUUAAAACCAAUAUUGGACAAAAUUCAAAAAGAAAUGUUGGAAGAAUUUAAUGAAAAAGAUUUAGCAUUUUAUAAAAAAGAAUUUGGAUUUUUUAAUGAAGUUACUGAUAUUUCAGGUAAAUUAAAACCAUAUAUUAAAAAAUCAAAAGCUGAAAAGAAGGAAAAAAUUGAUCAAGAAAUGGCUUUAAUUAAAGUUGAACCUGGUGUUUAUUUACCUUCAAAUCCAGAUGGUACAUUAGUUGAUAUUAAUCGUAAAUCUGGUAAACCUUUACAAUCACAUGCAAAAGCACCAUUUAUGGCUACAUUUCUAAUUAAAAAAGAAUUGACAGAUUAUGACGAAAAUGGUCAAGAACAAAAAGUUGAAAUUGAAAAAUGGCAAAGUGCAAUUUUUAAAGUUGGUGAUGAUUGUAGACAAGAUGUUUUAGCAUUACAAUUAAUCUCAAUGUUUAGAACAAUAUGGUCAAAUGCCGGAUUAGAUUUAUAUGUUUAUCCAUAUAGAGUUACUGCAACAGCUCCAGGUUGUGGUGUUAUUGAUGUUUUACCAAAUUCAACAUCAAGAGAUAUGUUGGGUAGAGAAGCUGUUAAUGGAUUAUAUGAAUAUUUCAAAACAAAAUUUGGACCAGAAAAUUCAAUUGAAUUUCAACAAGCAAGAAAUAAUUUAGUUAAAUCACUAGCUGCUUAUUCAAUUAUUUCGUAUCUUUUACAAUUUAAAGAUAGACAUAAUGGUAAUAUUAUGUAUGAUGAUGCUGGUCAUAUUUUACAUAUUGAUUUUGGUUUUUGUUUCGAUAUUGUACCAGGUGGUGUUAAGUUUGAAGCUGCACCAUUUAAAUUAACUCAUGAAAUGAUUAUGGUAUUAGGUGGAGGAGAUGAUACUCAAGCAUUUAAAUGGUUUGAAGAAUUAUGUAUAAAGGGUUAUUUGAGUUGUAGACCAUACAUGGAAACUAUUGUAAGAACAGUUACUCCAAUGUUGGAAUCUGGUUUACCAUGUUUUAAAGAUACAAGUAUUAAAAAUUUAAGAUCAAGAUUUGUCCCUGGUAAAUCAGAAAAAGAAGCAGCUGCAUAUUUUAGAAAAUUAAUUAAAAAAUCAAUGGAAUCAUUUUAUACUAAAGGUUAUGAUGAGUUCCAAAGAAUUACAAAUGGUAUUCCAUAUUAG